AUGCCGUCGACAGAACUGGACGCGUCAGAGCUGUUCAUUCGCGGGCACAAAUGCACAGGCGAUGUGCCGCCCGCGCUGGUGGGCAGCUCUCUGACAUACCUGGACGGCAAGGCAUACGUGUUUGGGGGGCGGUCGCUGCACACGGGGCAGCUGUCGAGCGACCUGUUUGUGUGCGACCUGGGGACGUUUGCGUGGCGACGACUUGCGGGGACCUCGGGCACCUCGCCGGCAGCGCGGUUCUUCCACUCGGCGACGGCGUUCCGGCAGUUCAUCAUAGUGUUUGGCGGGAUGGGGCUGGUGGCAGGCAGCGAGUCGAUGGAGCGCAGCGUGGACGAGUCGAACCGCAGCAACAAGCUGCUGCUGGGCGACAUGGCGGUGUUUGACACGCAGACGGAGCGGUGGGUGGCGGAGCGGGCACUGGACAGCGGGGGACCGGCGGGACCGGCGGUGGAGGCAGAGGCUCCGGCGCCGCGGUACGCGCACCUGGCAACGCUGCUGGGCAGCCGGCUGCUGGUGGUGGGCGGACAGGAUCUGGACGAGCAGUAUGUCGAGGAGCUGAAUGUGUAUGACCUGCAGCGCGGGGCGUGGGUUCUGCGGGCGGGGUUCCCGCGGGCUGUGGGGCUGUACCGGUCGUUCAUAGCGGGGACAGGCGAUGGUGGGCGGACGCUGCUGUACAGCAACUACAGCUUUGCGGCAGUGAAGCGUGCGCUGUAUGCGCUGAGCGCUCCGCCGGACUGUACGCUGCAGGAUCUGUCGGAGGCAAUCCAGGGCGAGCCGCCGGGGCUGCGGUUCCCGCGCGGAAGCAUGGUGGACGGGCGGACGGUGCUGAUGACCGGGACGCUGAUCUCACACGAGGGCCACAGCGAGCUGAGCGUGUGGGCGCUGGAUGUGGCAGAGCUGCAGUGGCGGGUGGUGGAUUGCGGGGGACGAUUCCGCGCUGGAUCGUGGAACCAGUCGCUGGUGGACCCGCGGUCCAACACGCUGGUGCUGUUCGGCGACAGCCGCCGCGACUUGACGUACGACUACCAGCGCCGCCGCCUGAACUACGGCGAGGUGCGCACCGUUGAUCUGCGGGCCCUAGGCUUCCGGCUGAGCCGUGGCUCAACAAAGCAGCCGUUUGCAACUGCCGCCCGUGCAGCCGCCGUCGCUGCAGCCAGCGACACUGCGUCACCGCCGCCGCGCGCCGCCGAUGCGCUGUUCGAGCUGGGCGCGCAGCUGCUAUUUGUGCCGCAGCUGGCCGACGCGCACAUCGACGGGUCGGACGGGCACGUGCCGGUCAACAGCGGCCUACUGCAGGCGCGCUGGCCAGUACAGGCGCAGCAGUGGGCGGGUAUUGCUGACGACUUGCUGACUGCCGAUAUGCCGCGCCGGUUCCAAAUCGACGCGUCGUGUGCGGCCAUCCAUAUCCUUGUGUUUUUCCUGCACACAGGCCGCGUCGAUGUGGCGGCGCGGCACGGCCCACAUGCUCCGUCGGAUGCUUCGGCGGCGACCGACGCACAGGCCGUGGCGGUUCUGGGUGAGCUGCUGGGCGUGGCACGUGCAUCGGGGCUGCGCGACCUGGGCAUCCAUGCUGUGAAUGCGCUGCGCGACUUGGCGUCUCCGCAGACGGCGCCACUAGUGUUUGAGGCUGGGCUGCGCGCGCAGCACCGCGGGCUGCAGGCCCGUAGCGUGGUGGUGCUGCGCGGACACUUGCCAGCGCUGGCGGCAGACCGCGGCUCGGCGCUGUAUGCGAUCUCCGAGCCGGCGCGCCUGGCGCUGCUGAAGUACUUCCCGCGGGCAGAGCACGAGGCCGAGCCGGAGACGCGGGCGCGCGCGCCGAGCGACGCAGGGUCGACGCCGCUGCUGCGCAAGCCGCCGCGGUCGCCGUUCCAGCAGGCGGGCAUGUUUGAGAUGCGGCGGCCGUGGGAUACCAGCGUCAUGAACUCGCCGGUGAUCACGUCGCCGCUGACCAGCUCGCCGCGCUUUGCCGGGUCACCCGACGCCGAGAAGCGCACGUCGGGCAACUCGCCGCUGAUCAACCAGGUCGAUGUCGAUGACAGCUCGCAGUACUCGUCGGCAAGCUCGAACCGCCUCUCCGUGGUUGGCGGGUCAACCCACUCCAAUGCUUCCGAUGGCCUCUCCGAGCGCCGCCCGUCCGACGCUCCCGAGCCAUCCAGCUCCCGCGCCAGCAUCUUCCGGCCCUGGUCCAAGGUCAAGAAGAUCGCCAAUGCGGCUGCUGGCAACAGUGCGCCGGCCGUGCCAUCUAUGCCUACCCUUUAG